UGCUCAUAUACACCUGCAUAAAUUCUAGUUGAGCAAUUUUAAAUCACAUUAAAAAUGUCUCUUCUGCGCAGUAUUGCUGGUGUAAUAGCGCUUGCCAGGCCCAUAAACAGUGCCACGACAGUCCAAACACGGCGACACUUCAAGCGCUGGGUUUCACCAACGUUACGUGAACUUGCGCACCGCGUUAAAAAGCAAGGAGUCCAGAAACCGGAGCCACGUUCGGGAUUUGUUGAGUGGAACUAUCGUUCCGAGUUGUUUGCAUUUGGCAAGCGAUUGAACGAGGACUUCCAGUUGCCGCUGCUGCAAACGGCAUUUACACAGCGCACCUAUGCCCAUCAGGAGCAGGAGAGACAGCGAAAACUGGGAAUUGCCGAGGCGGAUCUGCAAAUGGGCGACAACAGUCAACUGGCCACAAAGGGUGUACAUAUUGCCAAAGCCUACAUCGAAGCCUAUUUGCAGAAUGCGCUGCCCAAAGUGCCGCCAGUUGGUCAGCAGGCAAUUGCCUCGUAUCUGCUCAGCACUGAAACAUUGGCACACGUUUGCACGCAUCUUGGCGCCAAGGAGCUGAUAUUUUCCACAGAGUAUCCACCGAGCAGCGAGACGCUCGCCCAAACGCUGCACGCGAUCAUUGGUGCACUAUCGGAUUCAAGUGGCGUCGAGCGCGCUUUUCUGUUUGUGCGCGAUUUCAUUUGCACACAGCUCAAUCAGAAAGAUCUGCUAGAGAUUUGGACACCGGAGCAACCGCUGCAGUUGCUGGGUGAGAUCUGCACGCAGAAGAAAUUGGGUGAGCCGGAGCCACGUCUGUUGGGCGAUUGUGGUAAAAAUACGGUGCUGGCAGCAUACCAUGUCGGCAUCUAUGCUAAUCGCCAGUUGCUGGGCAAAGGAUUUGGCGAGGAUCUGCAGAUGGCAACAGAAACAGCCGCCAUCGAUGCACUCCAAACGCUCUUUGAGAUGCAUGACGAUCGACAGCCGUUCGACUUUCGUCUGCAAUUGGAGGCCAAGAAUGUGAGGCUGGAUUAAGAUGCAGGAGUUGAUCGUUAAUUACUAUACAUGUAUAUAUAUAUGAAUUAUACAUACUAAUCAUAUGUAGAUAUAUGUAAAAUAUCCAAAAACAAAGCACAACGUGUACUUCCUGAGUGGAGUCGGUCAAUAAUAAUUUUAUUUUUAAUA